AGCCCCUUUUUUUGGAGGGCGCUUCUGGGGGGGGUCUGGGGGGCAGCGAGGCUGUUCGUUGAACCCCGUGACUUUGAGAGACCGUGACCUUGAGCCGGUCGAGAGGACCCUGCCAGGGGGGCACUUCUGGCGGGACCCAGCCCCGGCUCAGGUCGGUUACAUCCUGGCCAAGAGGACCCUGGCAAUUCAGGUCCUGGUUGAGAGGAUCACCCAGGGCACCUAGGGCACCUGGGCGGGACCCGCCCCGGCUCAAAGAACGCAGUUUUUCACCUGCAGGUCGCGGACCUCCACCAGGCCGCAUUGCUUGCCCUAGUGGCGAUGGUAGCUUGCCGGUCCUUUUUCUAUAGGGCGGACAACAAAAUGGUCCGACUAAAGGGACGGCCCUCGGCUCACGCGGCUCGAGGGCCGCCAUUUCCGGAAAAAAACACCAUUUUGUUUGUUUUUCCGUAAAUUCAGCUUUGCGUGGUUUUUGAGCGUGAUUUUGCAUGACAGGUUGCCGGUGUUGCGUUUUUCUCAUGAUUUUCACGUUGUCGGUCGUGUUUGGAAAGAGCUUCCCCAAGCACGUGAGCCUUGUGAAGGCGAGAUUCGGGGACGUUCUGGGGUCGGGCGGCAGGGAACCGCUCGCGGGUGCAAAGGCGUGGUUUCAGACUCACAGUUUUUCUUGACCUCACGUGCCCUGUGCCCAGACUUCGACGUGCAGAUCUUCUCGCAGCGCCGCGCUUUGGAGUUGCCUUUUUGUCACUUUUUGUUGGCCGCUUGCAGGUGGAUCCAAUUCGUGCUACUGGGGACUCUGUGGCUGGGCACCUGUGCGGAUUGGUGUCAACUCGGCCUUUGAGCAGUGUUUCAGGCUUUGUUUUGACAUCGAGGCAUACUGCCCGGACCUUCGCUGCUUCCGUUGUCAUGGCCAUCAAUGCCAACUGAUCUUUGAGGUUUGGGUCCCAACUCGCCAAUCUGUCAGGCCCCCUGAUCUUUGGCCUAGCGAUGCCCGGACACCCCCCCCCGUCCCGUGCCAGGAUUUGCGCGACUCGCGUUGCUUUUUUGUGUGCUUUUGCCAACCCCUUGAAGCCGCGCCGUCAGGCCCGUGUAUCUUUGGAAAUCGUGACCUCGUUGAGCCAGGCACUGCGAACUUUUGAGCUUCCGUGCCAUGAAGCAACGUCCUUCCAUCAAGACGUCUGGCCCUGGCGGCCCGGUGCCGAUUUCGGCUGCUUGUUUUGCAGGAUGUGGGUCAGCCAGUCUGACGGAUGGACGCUGCGAAGCCUUGCAAGGCUUGGCCCGACCGACCUUCAGGCCGCGAGUGAAAAGGAGGAGGAGCAUCCAAACCCGUGCGUUGGUGUUGCCAAAGAAGCCAGUCAAUCUUGUGUUUGCUCUGGAAACUUGGCUCGAGGGUACUCAUCAACACUGACACAACAACAGCUCGCAAUGGUUGCCCGAUGGGUCUAGUGCCAGUGCUUGAGGAAUCGCAGGCCGCUCAAGCGCUUUUCGAAUAGCCAUGGCGAUGAUGCGGACCAGGACCAAAAGCCG